AUGGAACGACAAGCUAUAUUUUUGAAUACUGACGUCCGAAAGCUACUGCGAAAUAAGUGUAUUGUAGUCAUGGGAGAUUCUGUGCAGAGAUCCAUAUACAAAGACAUUGUGCUUUUACUGCAACAAAACAGGUUUCUUAUUAAUAAAGAAUUGCGUAAUAAGGGUGAACUGUCAUUUGAAAAUGACGAGUUACUGGAAGGUGGCAAGAUGGAAAAGUUAACAAAUGGGACAAACUAUCGAGAGGUUAGGCAGUAUAAAACAGAUUACCAUCUUGUCAGGUUUUAUUUCCUGACGCGCGUCUAUAAUGACUAUGUUGAAACAGUAUUGACAGAUUUUCAAGAGGAUCCCCGUCCAGAUGUGAUUAUCAUUAAUUCCUGUUUAUGGGAUAUUACCAGAUAUGGAAGUUCCUUCAUUACAACUUACAGAACAAAUCUAGUGAAGUUAUUUAAAAGAUUUCAAGAAAUAUUACCAAAAAACACGAUGAUUAUUUGGAAUACUGCGAUGCCAGUUUCCAAAAACAUCCGAGGGGGAUUUUUAGUUCCUGAAGUUGCUUUCAUGAAUGAUACACUUAGGCUUGAUAUUUUAGAAGCCAACUUUUAUGCUCGUGAUAUAGUAGUGUCUUUUAAGUAUGAUGUUUUAGAUUUGCAUUAUUACUUUCGAUGGCAAAUUCACAGAAGAGCUGAGGAUGGGAUACACUGGAAUGAGAGAGCGCAUAGGCGUGUAACUAACUUGAUUCUUGCACAUGUAGCUAAUUCUUGGGGGGUUGGUGUGCCACGGUUUAUCGAUGAUCCUAUUGGUGAAAAUUCAUUGAAAAGGCAUACACGACAUGAAAGUGCACCAGCAGAUUUAUUUUCUGUCAAUACACAAGAAAAUGUACCAAUAAGACCCUUGAUGUCUCGUGAAAUUUACAAUCUUCCUACUCCACCUCCACUAUUAAAGUCAUCAGAAGAUCGUUACGGUGGUCCAAUCAGGCGUUCAUCUUAUAGCUCUGCAUCGUAUGCAUCACGAUAUGCAUCACAUUCCUCCCCAUAUGCAUCAUGUUCAUCACAAUAUGCAUCACGCUCAUCGCCAUACACAACACCAGUUUCAAUGUAUUCACUACCUAAUCAAAUAAAGCCACUUGCGCAAGACAUGGGGCCUCUAUCCUAUAUAGACUUCAGUCGAAUUCCGUCUCCAAUGAAUGGCAACCCAGGCCAAGCAAUGCCACCGCCUCAAUCACUACCACAAGGAAGACGUGGUAAAAGCAAUGUACACUCCAGACAGGGUGGUAGGUACAAUCCAUAUGGAGGCAGAAUGCAGUUAGAUGGUAAUCAUAGGUAUAUGAGGGAAAGAGAAAGGAUAAUAAGAGAAAGAGAACUAGAACUUAAAAUCAGAAAUCAAUAA